CCAGCUCAAAAAUCCACUCUUCAUCCUCUACUAUACUCGUAUCUAUCUAUCUACUCUACUCUGUUUUACGUAAGUUUUUUUUAGUUGAUUUUCUUUUGUCGGACUUUAAGAGAGAGAAAGUGGCGUCUUUGUGGACUUUCUCAAUUCAGGAGAGAGUCAAAGAGAAGGAAGAGGCUUCGCUUACUUGCUGAGAAAAAAGCUCCAAACUUUCUCUUAUUGGGUUUUUGAUCAGCUCCGGAGAUAAAAAAAAAAAGUAUUUUCUUGAAAUCGAAAUCUGAUCUCCAUUGAGAGUCUUGCUACUUGAUUUGGAUUCCGAUUUAAGGUUUUCUCGAGAAUUCUUUUGCUGCAGUUAUUAGAUUUUGACGAGCCGUUGAUCUGGACGGAGUUCCAGAUCUCCGGGUCGUGGUACCAAGGAAUUAGGGUUUUAGCACAAAGUUCUCGUUUUUCUGUGUAUUCGAGGGAUGAAGGAGUUUUCGGGUCGAUGUUCGCUGCUCUAACAUUUGGAGUAUGAAGAUGAACAUGAAGAAAUUUCUCAAAAAGCUUCGUAUCACGCCCAAUCAACGAGACGAUGGUGAAGGUUCAGUCUCUAACAGAAGCAAUAAGUCUAGUGAUGCAGAACCAUCUCCUUCUGAUUCAUUGAGGUCUCAAGAUAACUCUGAAUUCAAACCCUUUUUGGGUUUAUCAAAUUGGUUAAGCUCUGUUACUCACAGGAAAAGCCCUUCUUCUUCCAAUGCCACCAAUAGCAAAGAGGAUGACACUACCAUGGAACAUGGUGGUCCCGUUGGGUCGGAAUCUGGGAUGCAGGGUUUGGGUUCUAGUAGUAAUUCCAAGGAUCCAGAAGUUGAAGAAGAAUAUCAGAUACAGUUGGCUCUAGAGUUAAGUGCUAGGGAGGAUCCUGAAGCUGCUCAGAUUGAGGCUAUGAAGCAGUUCAGCUUAGGUUCUCGUCCUUCUGCUCCCGAGAAUACUCCAGCUGAACUCAUGGCAUAUAGAUAUUGGAAUUAUAACUGUCUUGGCUAUGAUGACAAGAUUGUGGAUGGUUUCUAUGACCUGUGUGGAGUAAUGAAUGAAUCUUCCUUAAAAAGAAUACCUCCCUUAGUUGAUCUUCAGGGGACACUUGUGUCAGAUGGUGUAACUUGGGAUGCUGUUCUAGUGAACAGCAGCAAAGAUUCUAAUCUGUUGAGACUUGAACAAAUGGCUCUUGAUAUUGCAGCAAAAUCAAAGUCAGCGUCUUCUUCAGGGUUUGUGAACAGUGAAUUGGUAAGGCAACUGGCAGUUUUAGUUGCUGAUUACAUGGGUGGACCAGUUUUGGAUCCAGAUAGCACGUUAAGAGCUUGGUGGAGUCUGAGCUACAGCUUGAAAGCAACCCUCCGUAGCAUGGUUCUGCCCCUGGGUUCUCUAACUAUUGGAUUGGCUCGUCAUCGUGCCUUGUUAUUCAAAGUUUUGUGUGAUAGUGUCGGCGUUCCUUGUCGAAUAGUCAAAGGACAGCAAUAUACCGGUUCAGAUGAUGUGGCAAUGAACUCCAUUAAGACUGAUGAUGGCAGGGAGUACAUUGUUGAUCUCAUGGGAGAUCCAGGCACGCUUAUCCCCGCUGAUGCAGCUGGACUACAAAUGGACUUUGAUGAUUCUGUCUACUCUGCCAGUCCCAGAGAUGUUGAUUCAUCUCAUGUAGCUUCUUCCAGCAGUGGGGUCGAGAGCUCAAUUGAAGAACACACAGAAUCUUGGUCAGCGGAACAUCGUUCUAGGACCAAGGGUUCCCGGGAGGAAAACCAAUCUGCAGGUGGAGGGGAUCUCAUGAUUCCAAAUAUUAGGGAAGCUGUGGGAAGUCAAAAGGCUCCUGUUCAACAUCUUUCCAGCAAGCCUACUCAUUCUUUCACUCAUGCCAGAUCACCUUCGUGGACUGAAGGUGUUAGCUCUCCAGCUGGACGCAGGAUGAAAGUCAAAGAUGUUUCACAAUAUAUGAUUGAUGCUGCCAAAGAGAAUCCACAACUAGCUCAGAAGCUUCAUGAUGUGUUACUUGAAAGUGGAGUUGUAGCUCCUCGAAAUUUAUUUUCGGAAGUCUAUUCAGAGUCAAUGGAGGCAACAGGUGAAAUCAAAUCUGUGGCUGAAUCCAAUGAUGAGAAAGGGAAAGAUUUUGGAACAAUCCAGCAAGGAAGAAACCAGAGCAACCUUGGCCCUGUGAGGUUUUUGCCUCCUCUUCCAAGACCGCAAUCUAAAGCAAUUACCCAUGACCUACGUGAACAUUCAGGAUCUGGACUCGGUCAUUUGUCUGAACAUUGCAAUAUUGAUGGUCACUCUGAUUCCUCACAUUCUGAAACAUCUACUGACUAUCCCAGAAAUGUUCCUGUUGCCGUAGCUGCAGCGGCUGUUGUUGCGUCUUCCAUGGUUGUUGCUGCCGCCAAGUCAGCAAACUCGGAUUCCUCCACUUUAGAACUUUCUGCUGCAGCUGCUGCUGCAGUUAUGGCGACAGCUGCAGCAGUGAGCAGGCAGUUUGAACUAGAUUCACUUAGCAACGGGGAUGCUGGUUCUGGUGGGCUUCAUGGGGUAGAUUCAGGAGGAGAACGAAUAUCCGACAGAUCUAUUGGCAAUGAAAGUUCAAAAUCUGAUGCUGCAAUUGAUGAUGUAGCUGAAUGCGAGAUUUUGUGGGAGGAAAUUACUGUGGCUGAGCGUAUCGGACUGGGAUCAUACGGAGAGGUAUAUAGGGGAGAUUGGCAUGGAACUGCAGUGGCUGUCAAGAAGUUCAUUGACCAAGAUAUUACUGGAGAGGCACUGGAGGAAUUCAGAAGUGAGGUCCGGAUGAUGAGAAGGCUCAGACACCCUAAUAUUGUUCUCUUCAUGGGAGCUGUAACCCGCCCACCAAAUCUCUCAAUUGUUACAGAAUUUCUUCCUCGAGGUAGCUUGUAUAGGUUAAUUCACAGGCCUAAUAACCAAUUAGAUGAGCGAAAGCGUCUGAGGAUGGCUCUUGAUGCUGCUCGUGGAAUGAAUUAUUUACACAGCUGUAAUCCGGUAAUUGUCCAUCGUGAUCUUAAAUCUCCAAACCUUCUAGUUGACAAAAAUUGGGUUGUCAAGGUGUGCGAUUUUGGGUUGUCUAGAAUGAAAGUAAGCACAUACCUCUCUUCAAAGUCAACAGCAGGCACGGCUGAAUGGAUGGCUCCAGAAGUGCUUAGAAACGAACCCGCAGAUGAGAAGUGUGAUGUGUACAGCUACGGGGUCAUUCUCUGGGAACUCUUUACGUUACAGCAACCAUGGGGAAAAAUGAACCCAAUGCAAGUGGUUGGCGCGGUUGGUUUUCAACAUCGACGACUUGAUAUCCCUGAAUUUGUGGAUCCUGGAAUUGCAGAUAUCAUCAGGAAAUGUUGGCAGACGUAAGUUUGAAAAGUCACUUAAUUGUUGUAUGAUGAAUCUAGCUCUAUUGUUUUGUUCAUGAAUUAGGUGCGGUUAUUUGGUAGGGAUCCAAGGUUAAGACCAAGUUUUGGAGAGAUCAUGGAUUCUUUAAAGCAGCUACAGAAACCUAUCCAGAGAGCAGCAGUUCCCAGUUCUUCUGCAUUGACCACUGAUGAGCAGGAACAAUAACAUCAUGCUUGAUGAAGAAGAUGACUAAAUGAUGAUGAAGGUGGGGAUCAUUCUUUACAUAUUAAUGUUCUGUGGUGUGCUGUCCAUGUGUAUUCACCAUGUUUUGUUUACAAAUUGUAAAAAAAGAUGAAUGCAAAACAAAACAAACAAAGAAAAAAAGAAAAAAGAAGUUAUUUUGUCAAUGGUAAAAAAAUCAUUGAGAAUUGAAAUUUCAUAUCUCU